CACCUCAGACGCUAAACCCUCCAAAAGCGCACCCUCCUCGCUCUUUUUCUGUGUCUUUACAAUGGCACUCAGCUCCCUCUCCCUCCCUUUCUUAUCCCCAUCCCCACUUUCUCUUUCUACCCCCUCUCUCUCUCUAAAACCCCAAUUUCCCCAAUUCAGGCCCCUCCCAUUUCUCUCUCUCCUCCGUCGAACUAUUCCAACCCCUUUCGCCAUCGGUCCGGACGGCAAGUUCUAUCCAAACCCAAACGAUGACGACCCACCUGAAGCCGCCGAAGACUCUAUGCACGGAGUCUCCAAAUUCCAGCAAAUUCACCGCCAAGCAUCUCGUGCCCGAAAACUCCAAGAAGAGGAGUUCAAGAAGGACCAAUCGAUCUUCGCCAACGCAAUUGCCGAUGUCGAAGACGCACCCGACAAUGCCGAUUCCACUUAUUCGGAAGAUUCUGGGGACGAUUUGUUCGGAGAAAUCGAUAAGGCCAUUGCGCUGAAGCGAAAGGAGUUCGUGAAACAGGGGCUGUUGAAGCCGAAUCCGAAGAAGAAAGAGAAGGUGGUUUCGCCGGAAGUAGUCGAAGAACUGGAGCCUGAAGAAGUUGUUGAUUUGGAGGAAAUUAAGGAGCUUCAGGGGCUUACGGUGAUUUCGGAGGAUUCCGAUGAAGAAGAAUCAGAAAAGUUUGAUGAUGAGGUGAGUGAUGAUUUGGGUAAUCGUGAAUUAUCAAAUUUAUCGUCGUUUGAUAUUGAUUUUGAUAGUUUUGGUAAAACUAAGGCUAGAAUUGUUGAACCCAAAUUUAAAAUGACCCUAGCUGAGCUUUUAGAUGAGAGUAAGGUAGUACCUGUGUCUGUUUAUGGGAAUUUAGAGAUUGAAAUCACGGGAAUAAAACAUGAUUCCAGGGUGGUUGAGUUGGGGGAUUUGUUCAUUUGUUGUGUUGGAAGGAGAACUGAUGGGCAUUUGUAUUUAACUGAGGCUGACAAGAGAGGGGCCGUUGCAGUAGUGGCCAGUAAGGAGAUAGACAUAGAAGAGACUUUAGGGUGUAAGGCAUUGGUCAUAGUGGAAGACACUAACUCGGUGCUUCCGGCAUUGGCAGCAUCCUUUUAUCGAUACCCAACUAGGAACAUGUCAGUGAUUGGGAUUACUGGGACGAAUGGGAAGACAACUACCUCGUAUUUGAUAAAAAGCAUGUAUGAAGCAAUGGGAUUGAGGACUGGGAUGUUGAGCACCGUGGCAUACUAUGUUCACGGCGAUAACAAGCUUGAGUCACCAAAUACGACCCCUGAUGCUGUUUUGGUUCAGAAGCUAAUGGCAAAGAUGGUACAUAAUGGGACUGAGGCGGUUGUGAUGGAGGCCUCUUCUCAUGGACUAGCUCUAGGGAGGUGCAAUGAGGUUGAUUUUGAUAUUGCUGUUUUCACAAACUUGACAAGGGAUCAUCUGGAUUUUCAUGUAUCUGAAGAGGAUUAUAGAGAUGCCAAGGCCAAGUUAUUUUCAAGAAUGGUGGACCCAGAACGGCAUCGAAAAAUUGUCAACAUUGAUGAUCCAAAUGCAGCUUUCUUUAUCGCACAAGGAAACCCAGAUGUGCCUGUUGUGACCUUUGGGAUGGAGAAUAAGAACGCUGAUGUUCAUCAAUUGAAUUUUGAACUCUCUCUUUUUGAGACCCAGGUUUUAGUCAAUACACCCCAGGGUAUAUUGGAGAUCUCAUCAGGGUUGCUUGGGAGGCAUAAUAUCUACAAUAUUCUUGCAGCUGUUGCAGUUGGAAUUGCAGUUGGGGCACCAUUGGAAGACAUUGUUAGAGGGAUAGAAGAGGUUGAUACAGUUCCUGGGAGAUGUGAGUUGAUAGACGAGGAACAGGCAUUUGGGGUGAUUGUGGACUAUGCUCACACUCCUGAUGCCUUGUCCAGACUACUUGAUUCUGUAAGAGAGCUUGGACCAAGGAGGAUUAUCACUGUGUUUGGUUGUGCUGGUGAGAGUGAUAGAGGGAAGAGACCCAUGAUGGCAAAGAUUGCAACGGAUAAAAGCGACGUGACUCUUCUGACAUCAGACAAUCCAAAGAAUGAAGAUCCAUUGGACAUCUUGGAUGACAUGUUGGCUGGCAUAGGAUGGACUAUGCAGGAUUACUUGAAACAUGGGGAAAAUGAUUACUACCCACCACUUCCUAAUGGUCAUAGGCUUUUCCUGCAUGACAUUAGACGGGUAGCUGUGCGUGCUGCUGUUGCCAUGGGUGAGGAAGGUGAUAUGGUUGUUGUUGCUGGCAAAGGCCAUGAAACAUACCAGAUAGAAGGUGACAAGGAGGAGUUCUUCGAUGACCGGGAGGAGUGCAGGGAAGCAUUGCAGUACGUUGAUGAGCUUCACCAAGCUGGGAUAGACACGAGUGAAUUCCCAUGGCGGUUACCGGAGAGUCAUUAAUAUAGUGCCAAAAGGCAUAUAAGAUCUCAAGUCUAGCCUAAAGUAGUGAGCUCUCACAGGAGCACUUUGUCAAUUUGUACUUGGAUGAGGAGCAGGCCCCUUUUUAUUUCUCCAGAAAAGCUGAAAUCAAAGAAGCAUAUUGUGUUUUAUGUUCUGAUGAAUGCAAUAAAGUAACUUAUAUUUGGAGGCAAUUGCAGGAGUAUUCUUGCGUGAUAGAGUGACCAUUGGCUAGCGCAGAUGGUUCAGGUUGCUGGACGUUUCUGCCAUACAACACUAGUGUAGUUCCAGGUAACUGUGAAUAAAUUUGGCCCAAACUAAAACUGAAGGUACAAUUUUGUGAAAAAUUAAAUCUGUAACUUUUUAUUGUUGUGUAAAAUGGUUCUGUCAAGUGCAAAUUUGGAACCAUUACAUGAUUCAUCUUAUUGAUAAUGUUACUUGUGUCCAGUUCUCUCACUUUUGUGUCAAUAGAUUAAUAUUUUUGAAGAAGGCAGUGUUAAGAUCAAAGGAUUGCAUCGAGUUGAUCUUUUUGAAGAAGGCACUGUUAUGAUCACCACAGAAUUGCAUCGCAUUGAGAUUCUUGAUCCAAAUUAAAUUGGGGAACUUUUAAAUUGCUUACAUGCACCAGCAUUAACAUUUUUAUGCAUGCUUGCUUUUCCAAACUUCCUGGAGUUUCAAAAACCGUGGUACUGCAUGUUCUCUGUCUCAAACAAUCAUCUUGAUGAACUGAAAACAAGUGUUUGACCUCACCACCCUAGAAAAAAAAAAUGACUAUUGGGCUGAUAGUUAUUAGUGUAUUAGAUUUCAUUUCAUAGUAUAUGUUUGAACAUUUGUAUGUUUUAUUUAAUAAAGAGAAUAAGCCUGAUACUUCUAGGUGAUAUAAUUUAAUCUUAUUUACUCAAUAUCAUGCUCUGGAUUACAAAUAUUAUCCAUGAUCUUAUAGUCUGAAAUUUGAGUUGCUUCAUUAACCUUAUAUAUAGAAGGUAUAGUGUUAAAUUUGGUCUCUCUCACCCCAUGGUCAGUUUGUGCUGUCAACUAUUACGAUCGAAAUCACUUCCUCAAGCAAAAGGUCAAUCGAAGAUGGUUCACGAAAUUAAAUUCCCAGGUAAAGAUCAAAUAAUCGGGUCAUGAGAAGAGGAAAAGAGAAGGAGACUCAAAUUUAUUUUCAGUUAUAAUCUGUUUUGCUGGGCAUUCUUUUGUGUGACAUGGUAUGUUUUUACUUUCAACAUUAUGGGCAAGAGAAACAGACACAAGGAACGUUUUUGCAUAGUUAACUGUAUGGUUUAACAUUGA